ACACUUUAUGACUGGCUUGGAUUUUCCAUUUGAAGCAACCAGUCCCUGCAAUAUUGUAUUGCCUCACAAUUUUGCUUAUAUUGUUUAUAUUACUAAUGUAAAAAGUCAGUGAGGUUCAGAGGGGAAAACAUCACCAGUAUGGAGCAGUGUUUAUAGACCAUCUACGAACAGAAGGAAAGAGAAGACCUGCCAUUUAAAGAAAAAAAAAAAGUGCUGCAUAUACAAAUCCUCAAUCAGCAGGAAUGGCAUUAACAAAGGAUUCAUUUGAAUGGAUUAAAUGGCUUAUCACAGCUGCCUGGUGGCUGCUGAUUGUUUUUUCAACUCAAGGAAUUGAUGGGGGAGGAUAUGCAUAUAUUGAUUCAUGUGGGGGACAGGAUUGUUCAGUUUGUCGGUGCUUUCCAGAAAAAGGAUCAAGGACUGCUUUAUUUUCCUUCUUGCUCUGCCCUGCUCCUGGUGAAAUGAGAAAGGCUGGUUACAAGCCAGAGUCCAUUGCACAGUGGAAAGGGUUGCUGUAUUAUUUGCCUACAAUCUGUGUGGAGUUGCUGGGCAUUUUCACUUUUGUUCUUAUGAACAGAAGGGUCAGCCUGGUGAGCUGGGAGCUCAAGGUCCAAUUGGGUCCUUGGGACCUACAGGACCAGCUGGUUUGCCAGGGGAGAAAGGACAGAGAGGGCCCAACUGGAGUCCCGGGAUUUCCUGGUUUAGACGGUGUUCCUGGCCUCCCAGGAAGGGAAGGACCCAGAGGCAAGCAUGGUUUGGAUGGCUGCAAUGGCUCAAGGGGAGACCCAGGAUUUCCAGGAGAGAACGGUUAUAUGGGGCCAAGAGGUCCUUAUGGAAUUCCAGGGCAAAAAGGAGAAAAAGGAAAUUCAGUGUAUGUUUCACGUUUUGGAAAAGGACUUCCAGGAGAGAGAGGUGACCCUGGACCCCCUGGCGUGCCUGGACCUAGAGGGCCAAGAGGUACAACGGGCCCAUCUGGAUACCCAGGCCAUCCAGGCUUGCCUGGUAUUCCAGGUUACCCUGGUUUGCCAGGUGAACAGGGAAAUCCAGGGAUUGGAGUGGAUGGACAAAAAGGGGAGCCGGGUGACAUCGGAAUGCCUGGGCCGCCUGGGUCACCGCUGUUAGUUGGACCUCCUGGAGCUCAGCUGUUCAAAGGACAAAAGGGCCAAAAAGGAUUACCUGGGGUAACAGGAUACAGAGGGCCACGUGGACCCAAAGGCACACUUGGGAGAGGAGAAAAGGGUGAAAAAGGCCUUCCUGGAUUCCCUGGAUUGCGGGGUCAUCCUGGUUCUUAUGGACCUGCUGGUUUUCCUGGAAUGAAGGGUGAAACAGGAUUUGCUGGUUUUCCUGGACAACCUGGCUAUCCAGGCAUACAGGGGGAUCCAGGAGAGAAAGGGCCCCCAGGUCCUCCUGGAGCUGUUGGAACUCCACUGCCUCCUAUAAAAGGUCCACGAGGAGAUCCUGGAUUUCCAGGUCCCGUUGGUGAAAUGGGGUCAGUUGGACCCAUUGGUCCAUCAGGCCUUCUAGGAAGACCAGGAUAUGAUGGAACAAGUCUUCCUGGCCUGCCAGGAGUAAGUGGGGCACCAGGACCUCAAGGUUUUCAAGGUGACCCUGGUUUGCCUGGGACAGGUGAAUUAAUCCCAGGAAGACCGGGAUUUCCUGGACCACCAGGCCUACCAGGGCAGCCAGGAAGACAAGGCUUACCUGGACUACCCAGUAUAAUCUGUACUGACAGAGGGAUCCCUGGAGAACCUGGAGCAAAAGGUCAGAUAGGCCUUCCAGGAAGAAAAGGUGCAAAAGGAGAGAAGGGAAGCCAAGGCCUCUGCUCAUGUAGUGCUGGUCCUCCUGGUCCCCGUGGUGUGACAGGACCUCCAGGUACUGAAGGAAGGAAAGGACAGAUGGGAUACCCUGGAAGACAUGGAGAAAAGGGCGACCCAGGCUUAUCUGGUGCAGUGGGAUCACCAGGACUCCCUGGGACUCCUGGUUCUGCUGGACAGCAUGGGGAAAAAGGAGAGAAGGGUGAUCCAGGAAGAGUUAGAAUAAAAGGAUUAAAAGGUGAAAGAGGACCAACUGGGCUUCCAGGAUUUCCAGGCCAAAGAGGUCUUGAUGGCAGAGAUGGAGAACUAGGAUUGCCAGGGGAAAAAGGAGCUGAGGGUGAUUCUGGAGUAGCAAUUCCGGGUGAUAAAGGAUUCCUUGGGCUGCCGGGACCUCCUGGGGUAAAAGGCCAGAUGGGAUUGCCUGGUUUGGGGCUUCCUGGGCCUCCAGGAGCCAGAGGUAGCCCUGGAGACUUUGGUGAUAUGGGUAAUGUUGGGCCACCUGGCCCAAAAGGCCAGAAAGGUGAAACUGUCUGCAUUACAUCACCAUAUCCUGGAAGCCCAGGUCCCCCAGGCUUUAAAGGUGUUCAAGGACAAAAGGGUUUAAAAGGACUCCCUGGGCAUCCUGGACCAAAUGGCUUUGAUGGGCAAAAAGGGCAUAGAGGAAGGCCAGGAGCAGGAAUCCCUGGGCCAGAAGGCUUUCGAGGCACAGCUGGUGAUCCUGGUGAUGAAGGUGAAAGAGGAUCUACAAUUGAUGGCAAAAAUGGCCUUCCAGGUCCACCUGGCACAGAUGGCCAGAAAGGUCUUCCAGGUGACACCACGUACGGCCCCCCAGGAAUCCCAGGCACCAGGGGACUGCCAGGACCCCCUGGUGCACAGGGAGCAAGGGGUAAUCCAGGCAUUCCUGGACUUCAAGGACAACCUGGUACCCCAGGAUUUCCAGGUGCCAAAGGUUUUAGAGGCCCAGAAGGUGAUGUAGGAGCACCAGGCUGUCCAGGCUUCCCUGGCUCACCAUGUGUCCCAGGCUUACCUGGACCACCUGGGCUCAGAGGUGUCAUGGGCCUGCCAGGACCUCAAGGCUUACCAGGCUUUAAAGGUCAAAGGGGAGACAGGGGCCUGGCUGGGCCACCUGGAAUCAAAGGUCUCAAAGGCUCUCUGGGCUCACAAGGUCUCCCAGGUCCUCCAGGCUCACGAGGUCCCCCAGGACUUCCAGGCAAUAAAGGACCCAUUGGCUUCCCAGGAGAAACAGGAAGCAAAGGCAUUCAAGGACCCCGGGGAUUCCCAGGACUCCCAGGAAUACAAGGCCCAACGGGAAUUUUUGGUGUAAAAGGUGAAGAAGGAAAAAUGGGUCUACCUGGGCCUAGUGGAGAAUGUGGAGAUAUGGGAAUGAAAGGUGAAAGGGGGCCUCCAGGAGACAGCGGCUAUGUUAAUCUCCGUCUUGAGAAAGGACAAAUGGGGGACCCAGGGUUUCCUGGUGAGCAUGGACUGAGAGGUGAAAGAGGUGAAAAAGGCAAUACUGGUUUCAGAGGCACACGAGGAUUUCCAGGGAAGAAUGGUGUUCCAGGACUGCCAGGUGACCAAGGUGACACUGGAGUGAUGGGGUUUCCAGGAUCACGGGGUUUGCCUGGACCAAAGGGCCUUCAAGGAAUGACAGGUUUUCAAGGAGAACCAGGUGACCAGGGUGAUGUUGGCUUACCAGGAAACCCUGGAUAUCCAGGACUGCCUGGCCUGAAAGGAUGUAAAGGUGACAGAGGUGACCCAACUCCUCUGCUUGGCACACGCGGUCGGAAAGGGCCUCCAGGAGAUCCAGGACUGCCAGGGCUUCGUGGAUUUCCAGGGGAGAAGGGUUCACCAGGUGUCCAAGGACAGCCUGGAAGACCAGGAUCCAAGGGUGACCCUGGAUAUCCAGGGCCACCUGGAUUACCAGGAGCUACAGGUCCUCAAGGAUUGCCAGGAGAGCCUGGAGAAGAAGGAAAACCUGGAAUUUUGGGACCUCCAGGAUUGCAAGGGUUACCUGGAUUCCAAGGCAGAAAAGGUCUUCCUGGACUGCCUGGACUGGAUGGCUUGGAUGGACUGAAAGGUCAGAAGGGUUCUGCAGGAGCUCCAGGUCAGAGUGAGGCAGGGCCCCCAGGAUACCCAGGAGAAAUUGGACCAAAAGGAGACAGAGGUGAACCUGGAUGGCCUGGUAUUUCUAUUCCAGGCUCCCCUGGAGAAAGGGGAUUCCCAGGAUUUCCAGGUAGAAGAGGACCUGUUGGACCUGCUGGACCUAUGGGAAGAUCUCCUGAUAGUGCUUCCCCUGGUCCUCCAGGUGAUCAAGGAUUACCUGGUUUAGACGGCAUCAGAGGUGAUCCUGGGACUCCUGGUCCUCCUGGGGAGACUAUCUUUGUGCAAGGAGAUCCAGGUGAUACUGGCAUUCGAGGGGCACCAGGUAAUCCUGGGCCACGAGGACAACAGGGAGCCAGAGGCCCUCCAGGGAGCCAAGGAAGAGAAGGCCCAAAGGGUCCUAUGGGGGUGCAUGGCCCACAGGGUCCACCUGGUGCUUCAGGACAACCAGGAGACCAAGGUUUUCCAGGAAGACCUGGUCCCAGAGGUCCCACAGGUUUCAUAGGUGAUCCUGGGGAGCCAGGAAAAGUAGAUGAUUCAUGCCCUACAAUCCCAGGGCCUCCUGGGGAAGCAGGGCAAAGAGGAGAGGACGGCUCUGCAGGAUUACCAGGGCCAAUAGGCCACCCUGGACCCCAAGGCAUAAAAGGUGAAGAAGGAUCACGUGGCCUGCCAGGUCAGGAUGGGUUACCUGGAGCACCUGGACCACCGGGUGACCAAGGGAGCCGAGGAGAGCAAGGAUAUGCUGGGCCCCAAGGUCCACCUGGCCAGACUGGUGUCCCAGGACAACCAGGCCCCCAGAUUAGAUCUGCAAGUGGAUUCCUGCUCGUCCAUCACAGUCAGUCAGACAGAGAACCGCUCUGCCCACAGGGGAUGCCAAAGCUAUGGACUGGCUAUAGCCUGCUGUACCUGGAAGGACAAGAGAAAGCCCAUAAUCAAGAUCUUGGCCUGGCAGGAUCCUGCCUGCCUGUGUUUAGUACCAUGCCCUUUGCCUACUGCAACAUCAACCAGGUGUGUUACUACGCCAGCCGCAAUGACAAGUCCUACUGGCUGUCCAGCGCUGCUCCGCUGCCGACGGCGCCGCUGUCCGAGGAGGAGAUCCGGCCGUACAUCAGCAGAUGCGCUGUGUGCGAGGCCCCGGCACAGGCAGUGGCACUGCACAGCCAGGACCAGUCCAUUCCCCCCUGCCCGCUCAACUGGAGGAGCCUUUGGAUUGGAUACUCUUUUUUGAUGCACACUGGAUCUGGUGACCAGGGUGGGGGACAGUCCCUUAUGUCACCCGGAAGCUGCCUGGAAGACUUCAGGUCAGCACCAUUCAUCGAGUGCCAGGGCCAGCGGGGAACGUGUCAGUUCUUUGCUAAUGAAUACAGUUUCUGGCUGACCACCGUGAUGCCUGAGCUGCAGUUUGCAUCAGCCCCCGUGUCAGGGACUCUUAAAGACGGACAAGAGCAGAGGAAAAAAAUCAGUAGAUGCCAGGUAUGCCUGAAGCAUGGCUAAGAAGCAAACCAAAAGCAGGCAGCUACAGAGAGGCUUGCGGGACGACGAGCAACGUGCUAAAGGUUUCAACAGCAGCUCGUGUUUGAAUCUGUGUGAAAGCGUGCAGCACUGUUCUCUUUGUUGGAAUGGAAAAAUGAGACAAAAAUGAGGGAUCUGUUGAGCCUCAUCCACCCAUGUACACACAUCCACAGGCAGCAAAAUCUCGUGUAAAACAAUUAAUCAAAAAAAAAAGACAAAACUGUCCCAUUGGAGUCAACUGCUGUAAUGUACAAGGAACAAGGUGAGCUUGGAGGAUUGAGUCAAGCUGGGAAGACCAAGGACACUGCCUGUUGUGCAAGAGAAUGGAUUUCCUGUAAGAAAUGGCAUUUACAGCAGGAAGAAUAUGUGCAUUUACAUGGCAUAUUGUAAAUAUUUAUCCAUACAAAUGUCAAAGCUCUGUAGCCAAAUUUCCCAAGCUAAAGAAACAUUGCACUUGCUCUUUCCAAGGGAAGGGAAAAAUGUAAUUGUUAAAGAAUAAUCUAAUAAUAAAAACAAUGAAGAUCAAAGUCUUUUACCGCUGCAGUACUGAACCAGACUCUGAAAGAACUGUUAAUUGGGCUUUCAUAGACAACAAAAAGCUGCAAAUCCAUUUAACAGCAGAUUGUGUAAGAAAAUAAAAUUAGCUGAGAUAACAAAUCCUUAAAAACCUGUAUUUAUAUUUACAAUUAAUUUCUAAGAGCAGUUACAUUAAAUUAUUAAACUCUAAUCCAAGUUGCCAAAGACACAAAGCAAUUUCUAAUAUUAAUUGAAAAGAAACAGUGACAUGGUGAUAACAUGGAUGAACUUAUCUGAGUGAUGAAUACAAGAAGUGUUAGGAAAAUAAAUUGCAUUCAUUUUUCGCUUCUUUCUUUAUAAAUACACCAUGGAAAAAAAGAACCACCACCAUUAAGAUCCUUAUGGAAUGACAGCUCUGAAGAUCCUUUUUAUUUUUUAAAGCACUUAUUGUAAAAACGUUCAUAUCCUAAAGCACUAAUCACCUUUUGAAAAAAUGAAAAGACAUUUGUACCCCCUUCAUUCAUCUGUAAAACGAGAACAAUUCAAUGGUUCUAUAUUGUGCGGAAACAUCUGAAAACAGAUUGCAAAUGGAGAAUCCAUCAUGUGCAGAAGGACCACAAAUGCUCCUUUUACCACUUAAAUAAGCUACAUUUUAUUGGAAUGGAAUCAAAUGCUUUUUCCAGCACUUUUCAUUUCAAUUUGUGUUCACUGAGGUGCCCCCAGCAAAAGGAUUUUCAAGGAAAACUGCGAUCCACAUCCAAGGGUCCUAAUUCAAAGCAAACUCCCUCUGAAGCCAUCACGAGUACAACAGCCUGAUCAACCAAUUUAAAAGCUGGAUACACAAACUCAAAGAGCAGGAAAGACAGACAUUCCAGGCUCAGCCAGAGGAAAAUAAAGCAGAGGAUAAGUCCAGUCAAGUGUAAAUACAUCUGACUGUGCAACUUCCUCCUGACACAACCAACCAACCCUCUCUGAUGUGCUGUUCUUAUGUGGUGGUCAACUGACUCUGCCCCUCCACCUGGGCAAGGGGCUGGAGCCCUCCUGGGCCAUGUGCCAUUCCCAGUGUGCCAGGGAACACUGGGAUGGGCACACCUCAGGUCGCUCCCGGGUGAUCCUGUCUGGAGCAGGGGCCAAUCCCUGCCAUUGGCCUGGAUGCAGGAAUUCCAUCUCUCCCUGAUUCAGGCAGCAUCCCAUGAGCAGGGGAGAGCAGCUCUCCAGUCUGACAUAAACCCCAAAAUCUCAACUCUGUGAGGUGCUGAGCAGCUGAGGAGCUUCCUGCGGGAAGAGAGCAGCGGGUGGAGAGGAGCAGCCAUGCUUAGGCCACCCGUUCUCCAAGGUGUGCAGGCUGUGUUUCCAAAAAGGCCUCAGCUACAGCCCCAUGGGGCUGGGAGCUGCUGCUCAGUCACAGGAACACCCAGCGGCUCGGGUCAUGGCCCCAUUGCCUGAGUGCAUUUAGCUGAUUCCACACUGAGGUCUCAUUUAUGAGCCUCACCUGACAGUGCUCACCAGUUCCUCCAUCACUCAUCUGCAGUUCCUUUUCAGGUGAGAAACUCCGGAGAGGGGCUGUUGCUGUCCUGGAAAGCAAACUGGGGCUUUAGGUAUAAACUGCACUGAGGUAAACAAUAAUCAAAACCUUAUAUACUGUGUUACUGCAAACUAGGUCACAGGGACAAGGUGAAGACAAGGGUUUUUGAAGAAAAGGGUUUUUGGAACUGCAUCUGUGUUCAUCUAACUUGAACAAAUGCACCAAAAAAUUUUUAAGACAUCAGCAAAAAGCCUCACCAAUAAUUUAAAUAGGCCAUUUCACAGCAUUUUACCACGUUGCUCUUUUGUUUGCUUUAAAACAUCACACAACCCCUCCCCCCCCACUUGUGUCUCAUUUUGAUGCAGUUUUUGCAACUGUGCCACUUCCAUUUUAUUAUGGUCUGUCUAUAUAUAGGAAGUGUAUUUUUAAGCUACUACUUUUAGGCCAGAUAUUUCAUAAUUGUGUAAAUUCCUGUUCCAUGCUCAGUUAACUCCAGAAGGCAUUUGUCAGAAAUAUUGAACUAAUUUGAAAUAAAAUUGCAGAUAAAUUGCUUAAUAUUACACAGCAAGUAAAACAGAUCAAAGUAUAAAGCAGCAGAUGCUUUAACUCCACAAUCAUUUGUCCAGUAACUAUAAGCAGAAAAAUAAUUGAUAAAUUAUUCAUAGGGAACCUAUUUAUGAAAUUAAGUGUGAAAAGGCAUAGCUGAAACUGUUAAAGAGUAAAAACACUACUAAAAGCAAUGGCCUUGUACUGGCCCCUGAAGUCCAAAUUACCUUUACUAUGCAUUCCAGAGUUUGGACCUUGUGUAGACCCAGUCAAGAGGUGAAUUUUAUCCUCAACAGCAGGCAGGAUAUUAAGAGCAACACAGAAAAUUAUGCUGGCUGCAGUUGGAGGUCACUGAAAUUGGAGCCAUUUGGGGUGAACUGCCCUCAAAUUAAAUUCAGAACCAGUGAUUUCCAACGAGAUUUGCUUGCUCAUCACCCUGGCAAACCAUGGCCAGGACACAGGGAAGGUCCUGGUUCUAACUCAAGGCAAACCCUCGGGGUAGAUGGCAGCUUCUUGUCCCUCCCAUCCCUGUGCAUCAGGAUUUCUAGAGGAUAACAAGUGGAAGAAAAACACUGCAUGGCCUGAAACCUGAUCUGCUCACAAGAAAUGUAGCCAUUUUUGUUUCAUUUGAUGUUUUCAUUACAAGGAAGGAGAUGCACAAGUCCAAUACUGAAAACAUCUCUUGAAUGUCAUCUUUUGGUGUAUACAGAGGGUGUCAAAAGGGAGAUACUAAAGCAAAACUUAAAACUGGUAUAAUUUAUAUUUUAUCAUAAUGGUGCUAUGCCAUAAAAAUGGUAUUUUAAAGAGUACUUCAAAUUCAUCUGUGUACAACAGUUUUUGGAUUUGGAGUCCAUAAUCUACAUGCACAGAACAGCUAUCAGAAUGAGAGGACAGCAAAGCUGCUUCAUCUCCAGACAGAGGUGGUGCUUGGCUGGGGGCUGUGAGCUGCCCCAGCCUCCUGGAGCAGCAGUGCAGGGCCAUGGCCAGGCCCUGCUGCCCCAGGUCCCUGCCUGUCAUGUGCUGUGAGCUGGCAGGGGUGGGCAGCUGGCCCUGGCUGGCAGCCACACAUCUGCCCAGCUGCUUCACCCCGGCAGGACAGGAGGGAAAACAGGAGAAAGAGCAGGAAAACUCAUUGGUCAGAACAGAGAUGGGGAAAUCACUUACCAAGUACUGUUGAGGGCUAAACACUCAGCUCAGGGAAUUCAAUCUAUUAUUCUGGGGAAAAAGUUGACAAACCUUAACAUAGCUUUCCUCCAAGUUUCCCAGGGUCAACUCACUCAAGCCCCUGCUCUGCUCUCCUGUCAGCACAGCAAGUGCCAGUCAGUCCCUUCAGUGAGGCAGGGGGCAGCCAGAAGCUUCUUGGGCCAGGUGUUGUUCCAGGUACAAAGUGGCUUCUCUGUGCUGCACCUUCCUUCUCACUCUCCUCCUGUGCUCUGACAUUGCUCCUCCAUGGGCUGCAGCCCUUUUGUGGGAGUACCUGCACUGGCAUGGGUCAUUUCCAGAAUCACAUUAUUACGUUCAUCAAGUUUAAGCAAAACUGGUCCAGGGAUUCUUCCAGGGUAAUCUCUUAGCCAGAAACACUUCUUUCCUACUUUGGCAGGUUCAUGAGCACCAGAAAACAACAAUAGUAGUAUGAAAACAGUCAAACCCCAGAAUUCCUACAGUCCAUACAUUUUUUUGCCUCUAUUUAAGGUAAAUUAAGCAAUUUAUCCAUUAACCCAGGCAGCUCAGUUGUUUGAAAAGGAUCCCCCUAAAGCUGUAAAACGCACUCUGGAGCAGACUGAAUGUGCCCUGCACACACCUGCUCUGGGCACACAGGGCCAGCCUGCAGGGACUGUGCCAGCACUCCAGCACAGCGUGUGGGGCCACAGCAGCAGCCCUGAGCAAUGAUCUGACUUGCAGCAUCAUCCAGCCUCAGAACACAAACCACAGCCACGUGGGAGUUUGUUUCUGUUAUCCCACAUGGCCACUUCAGACCCACGUCCCAGACUGACUCCAGGCCCUUCCAGGGCUCACAAGCAAUCCUUAAGUAACUUGUAACUCCACUCAGUGGCCAUCCACAAACAAAUGCUGCACAGAUGAGUUCUGUUCUAAGGCUUGACUUGCGUUAGAACUGUCUGAGCAACACAGAAAACAAUCAUCCAAGGCCAUGGGGAGGAGCUGUAAUGGGGAACAGUUGUUCGCAAGAAAAAGGAUCUCUCCAAAGCCAGCUGUGAGAAGCAGCAGUCAGGCAAGGACAGAGCCCAUCAGUCUUCAAAACAAUAAAAAAAUUCUGUCAGCUCUGGUAAGAACCUUCCAGCAGGUGAAGCAACUGCUUCAUCAAACUGGGGAUCUAUUUCAUGACUGGAUCUGAUUUCAGAAAUCGGCAUUUUAAACUGACCGAACAACAAAAACAGCUGCUGAAAUUCUGCCCACCUGAACCAUCUGGAGAACUAGCCAGGUGGAGAAAAAAAAUCCCCACCAGCACUCCAACAGAUGCUGCUCCAUAUUCAUAUUGAGUAGCUUUCCCCUGUCCUAGUCACUUCAUCCAGAUGUUCCAGAAGGUACUGGAAGUUCAAUUAGAGGUGACAUUUUGUAAGUGCAAAGUAAAAACAACUCCAUAUUUAUCAUUCUGGAGUGAACCUGUCCAACACACACAGUUCCUCCACGUAAGGCGGCUCACACACCUCUGCAGCACAGCUCACCUUGUGCUUGACCACACACUCCUCCACAAAAGAAGACCAGCUUGAGCUUUGUGGGGUUUGAAAUGCCACUUGUUUAUCCUGCUCUAAAGAGACAGAAGAAGGAAAUCCUGGAAUAUCUCUACUUUAUCAGGAAAGUUCACUAUCUACACAUUCAGAAAUCUUUUGUUUGCACUCCCAUUGCUGCAAAUUAGGCCAAUUUCUGCUGGUAAAUGGACAAGAGAGCUGAGCUUACUGCUGUUCUUGUGCAGCAGAAGAAUGCUGUCAUACAUAUUCUUAAUCUGCUCUUUCACUAACCCAAUUGCUUUACCCAUCCCAGCAGAUCAUAUAAACAAAAAUGCCCAAACCGUAUUUGAUUUGUGUGAAAAACUGUCUUUCUCCAGUUCUCCCAGCUCCUGAAAGAGUAAAUGGAUAUCAGAAUUCAUUGUAAGACUUUUUAGAAAGCUUGACAAUCCUUCAGGGACAGCUCCUCUGACUGAAAGCUCAGAAGUGUUAAUAUUUUCUUGCCUUUUGAAAUCCAGUAACAAGAAAUAAACCAUUUUUUUUUAUAUAUAUGGGGAACAAUGAGAAGCUUAUAAUAAACCCAUGCAGUGAUUCUGUCCUUCAUGUCUGCACACUCCAGAAGCCACAGCACAAACACCAGGAUCUGCUCACCAGCUGUUGUGUGGAAGCGCGAUCCGCUCUCAGUCCCUCAGUGCUGAACCAAAAUGGGCACAAUUCCUCAGCCAUGGAAUCAGAGGGAGAAUGAGAGCAACCCCCAUCCUCUCCCCACAGCAGGGAGGGCAGCUGGAGCCACACUCCUUCCCAAGCUCUCCACUCCUGCUGUCACUCUGCUGUGCUGGGCCAUCGCCACCUGAGUGCAGCUCUGGAGAGAAGCAGCAGCU